ACGGCAGAGCACUGGUGAGAGGGGACUGCAGAGUGUUGGUGAGAGGACGGCAGAGCACUGGUGCUUAAUGAAGCUAAAGGUCAGUUCUCAUCUGGCGAUUUCGCCCCCCGAUAAGGAAGGUUAUCUCCUGAAGAAGGGGGGCCGUCACACAUCAUACCAGAAGCGCUGGUUUUGGUUGCGGGGAAAUGUUCUUCUUUACUGGGAGCGGAAGGGAGACCAACAUCCCCCUUGUCUUAUCCUCCUAGAGGGAAGCUCCGUGUCUCUGCGACACUCCCGCCUGGAAUACGCAUUCUCUCUGUACUCUGUCUCUCGUGUCUACAAUAUGGCAGCUGAAUGCCAGAAAGAGCUGGAAUCAUGGGUGCGUGCACUACUUAGUGCUAGCCUGGGUUAUACUCAAGCACUCUUGAUAGAGUUAAAGGGACAGUACCUAGGUCUAACAGGGGCCACUGGACAUACAGAAGACUUAGAUGAAGUGAUGUGGCGUGCAGACUUCAGAGAUCUGCACCACUGGCUGGGGAAAGAAAUACAGGAGCUGCGAAAACCAAACUUGAUAAACAUGUAAUAAACAUUUUGUAUAAAGUG